AAUGGGUCGAUCAUGGCGUCGACUAUUGUGUAUCGGUGCAUAUAGAUAUGUGAUUGUUGCUGAUUUCGUUCAGCGCGGAUUCAAUUAAAUCACUUGUGUACCUUUCAAAAAGACGUGCGUGCAAGAUUUCACAAAUGCUGAAACAAUUGCAAAUGGGCCUUCGCGCGUUUUUACUCCUAGCGUCAAGAGUAUGGACCUGUAUUUGUUUCUUACUGAAGAAACAGGUUAGAGCAGUAUCUCAAUACACGUUGGUUAUCACCAGUGAACGAGUGCCAGCAAAUAUAUUAUCAGUCCCCACAAUACGGAAACAGGUUGUACAACAUCAACCAGUCAAGUAUGAAAUUUUCCCGCUGUCACCUUUAUCCAGGCACAGGCUCAGUAUUGUAAAACGUAAAGUACUAGUAUUAGAUCUUGAUGAGACAUUGAUUCAUUCCCACCAUGAUGGUGUGGUUAGACAAACAGUGAAACCUGGUACUCCACCAGAUUUUGUGCUUAAAGUUACAAUAGACAGACAUCCAGUGCGAUUUUUUGUCCAUAAGCGACCACAUGUGGACUUCUUUCUGGAUAUUGUAUCACAGUGGUAUGAGUUGGUUGUAUUCACUGCCAGCAUGGAAAUAUAUGGAGCAGCAGUGGCAGAUAAAUUAGAUAAUAAUCGUGGCAUUCUACAGCGACGAUUUUACAGGCAGCAUUGCACACCUGAUUUGGGCAGCUACACAAAGGAUCUCUCUGCAAUAUGUGGUGACCUCUCCAGUGUUUUUAUCCUGGACAAUUCUCCAGGAGCAUACAGGGCAUACCCAGAUAAUGCAAUUCCAAUUAAAUCGUGGUUCUGUGAUCCAAUGGAUACAGCUUUGCUGAACCUAUUGCCAGUACUGGACGCAUUACGUUUCACCCAGGAUGUUCGAAGUGUGCUUAGUAGGAACUUGCAUCUUCACCGCCUAUGGUAACACUUAGGUGCUCCUGAGGGUCCUGUUUAGUUGCUCAUUUUAGGUCCACUUCCCUCACCUGACUACAUGGAAUAUGAUGUUACUUUGUGAUGUGAGACAUUGGAAGUUUGUUUACCAAUGUUCCAAAAUAUACAUUGUAUGAGUGGUGAUUACUGAAGCCGUUGUUGAAUUUCAUUGUGGUGAAAUAUGACUUUUAUCGACUAAAAGUGCAGUAAAAUACUUUUUAUAUUGAAAAUUUGUUUUACAUGUCAGAAUGUUAAUGGUAAAAAUCCUAUCUACAUUACAAGUAGUGAGAGAGUUUUCACUCUCUCUCUCUCUGUCUCGUUUCUUCAAUUACGAUGCCAUCAAUGGACUUGUGUUUAAUGUCACAAAAGAACUUACCUGCUGUGAUGCAUCUUCAGUGUCUAUCUGGCAGUGAUAUUGCCAGCAACACAAUGUGGAUAAUGUUUUAUUGUAGAUGAAAAUGACUUGUUAGCGUGCACGUAGACAGGGAUUUCUGUGUGAGUGAGUUAUUUUCAGAUAAAGGCCUCGGUAAGUUGAGAAUUGAGUUGAUUACUUAAUUUGAAAGUCUGACUGUGUGUACUUAUGUGCAUCAACAUUGUAAUACCACUUAAACAUUUUUAUCUGAUUGAACAGUGUAUAUCAAACCAGUGAUUUAUUGUAUAUGAAACCAGUGAUUUACCACAACUGAUAUUUCUGGCCCCCAUCUGUUGUAUUACAGCUUCAUAUUUGAUAUAUACCCUCACUCUUUCUAUGUUAAGGUUGUGUUGGCUGUUACUGUGGCCCAAGUAAAGAGAAAAUGGAUUUCUGUUUAUAUUGAUGUUAAUAUGUACCAAAAAUGUCAUUGUAUCUUUUUGCCAGUGAAUUUUGUGUAAAUGCAAAAGAGAAAGAAAGUAAACUAAUUAUAUUUUGUGUUCACAUGAGCUUAAUAACUGGUUCCAUUUGCUUUUGCUGCAGUUUGCAGUUGAAUGUGUGUGUAUUUAGAAUCAUUACUUGGUAGCUUUGAGUGUGAAGUUUUAUUCUAAUUUUUAUUUUCCUUUAAUGGCAUUUUUGUUGUGUUAUUUCUUCAGUAGGCAGUUAUAUAAAAAAAUCUAGAGCAUUCUAAGUAAUAUUAUGUGGGUGUAAACAAAAGCAGCCUUGAGACAUAUAAAAUGGGAAACAGUAGAAAUGUAUGUGGGGUCAUUUCAAAAUUUCCAGGCAGUAAGUGAGGCAUGUCAUGAACAGAGUAUUUCCUUUUAAUCUGUUGACAAGACAGUGUACUAGGAGACAAGCCUUUUCCUCAAGCAGUUUUUGUAGUUUCAGAAUAAAGAACAUGUUGCUUGUCAUCUACGUCAUUUUCAAAAAGAAGUUUUUACUUUGAAACAAGACCCUCUACUCUGUUGUAUCCCAUGGCCAGAAUUCUGUCUGUGAGAGGAAUGCUACAAUGUGUGCCCUGUGCAAUAAUUUGUAUUCUGUCUUUUAGUCUCUUGAAACAUUAGUAUUUAUUUUUUUCUUAAAUGGUCCCUAAUUAAUGCCAUGAUGUUAAAGUAAGUUGUUCUCUGUCCUACUUCAAUUCUGGCAUUACAGCUCUUCUUUGCCUUGAUUUUUUUAAAAAGUGUUUCUUUAUCAAUAGUAUUCCAUCUCCUAGAGAAUCUUGUAAGGGCAUUUUCAUACUAAUCUCUGUAAUAUAGUGCUCAUUUUGAGAUAAGGUUUUCCUCUUUCAAGGUAUGUCAAUGUCACAAUAAAAUAUAGCCCAAAGAAGCCUGUGAAGUAUUCUAAUAAAUAAGUUUGGAUUUUAAAUUCCAAUACUAAAUAUUUUUAUGUUGUUAAAGCAGCAGCCUAUGUGUGGUUAACUUGUGACAGUAUAUUUUUAUAGUUCUAUUCUUUUCAUCUUCACACAGCCAGUAUACAAAAGCUCCAGAGUAAAAUGGUAGAAUAUCUAUUGGUAAAUGAAACUGUACUUGAUUUUUUAGAUGGUACCUCCAUUCCCAAAUACCUCAUAUUGUUACUGACCAUUCCUUGCUAAUUUUGGGAAACUUAGUAUCUUCUGUGCGUAAUGAUAGAAGCACUUUCCUAUUCCUUUUUUUUUUUUUCCUCUCUCUCUCUCUCU